AUGAGCAGAUGCUUGUGCCCCGGCCGUAUCCUGCCAUUCGGUCGCACGUCAAAUAUCUCACGCCUUCCUUUCGUUCCAUACCGCGCCGUAUCUCCCUUCUCCCGGCUGACAUGGAACCGACAUACCCGCCAAGCUCGCCACGCCGAGAGGAAAGUGGACUACCCAGAUGAGGUCCAAUUGCUUCGCAAAUACAACGGGGUCGCACACCCUCCCCUCAACCAUCAUCAAAAAAGGAGCAUAGACGGGUGGAUUCCACUACUGAGGCGAUGUGUCUCACCCAAAUCGCGAAAACCUGCCAGGCCUGCAGGCCAGCCUGGGCAGACCCAAUCAAUACUUGCGUCCAAGCAUGAUCUCGAUCGGACUCAUGCUUUGUUGGGGUGCUGCUGGGAUGCGCGGACUCAUUUCAACUUUGAGCUCAUCACACAUCUCGGGUUCGAGUUGAAGGAUUGGACAACCGUUCACUCUCUUUUGAACAGCAUGAUUGACAGCUAUGAGCUGCUGGCUCCUCACAUUCCGCCUAAACAUCCGCCACCGGGCCUUGAUUGGGACCGGCCAUUUCGUGUUCGUCGUAGAAACGAGCCACAACCUCCUCCGAACUCCCCCGACGCUAAGGAACCUCCAUUAACCGAGAAGGUCUCGCUCAGCAAACUCACAGGGGGAACAAAGGCACAAUCACCGUGGAAAUGGUCUCGUGUAGAGCCUAUCUCAUCAGGUGGCCUCUCUCUUGAUAGUAUGACGGUGGAACCUGCCGCAAGGUUCUUUGGGGACAGGAUCUUGGCUGAGGUAUUGGCAAAUCUCGGCUCGUUGGUUUUGGCUUCUGCGAACGGCACCGCAGAGCAGUCUCAGCAUGCUAUGUCCUGUGUUUUCCGGACACUUGCACGUCUGCAUCAUACGGGCAUGAUUUCUGACAAGGUCUAUCAAUAUCCACUCCCGAAACCCGGUCAAAUCGUAUUCCGCCCUCCCGGGCUACAGCUUCUCUCCGGGCCCAUCAUGGACGUUCUGUCGGAUGCAGCAUGGCACGAGCAUGAAGCGGCAGUGGCUGCUGCCGCCGCCGAUGCCGGGGAAAUGUCCCCUUUCAUUCCAUACAAGAUGGGCAUCCGAGAACUGGGCCCUGAGAUCUGGCUGGAGUUGAUUCUGUGGUGUUGUGUGGAGCACGGUUUCUGUAGGACCGGCACCGCACUCGUGCAUCAGAUGACUCGGGUGGCUGGCGAACAGCCAUGGAAGGCCGAGAGCUGGGCGCCCCUUAUCGACGAUCUCGACACAGUGCAGCAAACCAAUAUCAACAUCGAACAGUCAUGGCGUCGUCCAGGCCAAGACAAGCCUCGGGUGUCACCACGUCAGAAAGCACCGCCUUUCAACGGACUCGGGGCUAAAACCAUCAGCGCGGAGGUGAUAUCCUCACUGCGUAAUGGCUUGACAAACAAGGCUUAUGUUGGAAUGGGCGAUCAUGGACUUCUGGUUGGAGAUUUACUCAAGCUCUCCGCUCCUCUGGCUAAACUCAUCGACCCUCCCACAUCCACAGUUGAGCUUCGGCCCACCACCAUGAAUACUAAUUGGCACACUUUACGCAUCCUUCAUUCCGGAUGUGUACAACCCUGGUCAGAUCCCGUGGCAUUUGAAGCCCUUCUCAGGUCCCACAACAACGUUGUUCCACCCUGGGAUGGAACCGGAGUGGAUCUUUUGGACGACCUAGAGUCGCAGCCACGAACGCAUUUCUACAACGAAACCGCGGCUUUUUGCGGGUUGAUCGAAUAUAACCUCACGUAUUAUGCCAGGGAUAAGCAGGGUGGCCGCCUCUUCUCUGAAUUCGCUUGGCUUCAGAAUAUCUGCGACGCCAGCAAGGCGCGGCACAUGCAGAAGUUCUUCGAUCGUCUUAACCAAGCCCACGACGAAGAAGAUCUUGAAUUCUUCGACUCGAAGCCUGUCACAGCCCACCCACGCGGGCUGAUACAUCAGAGCUCCAUCCCACAGGUGUCAAACGUCACAUUUGCUAAUCUCAUUGAUGUGGCUACUCUCACGCAUUCCUUUGGCUUUGCUCGCCAACUCCUUUUCCAGGACGACAUGGACGGCCCUGCCGUUCCAAUAGCUGCGUAUGGCUCGCAAGCCCUGGCUCCAGCUAUUCUCCGAUUUGCGAUAGCAACGAAAGAUGGCAAUCUUGGCCAAAAAGUUAUCUCCUCUCUUUCCGUUCCUCUUUCCGUCAACACAAUCAAGUGUCUCAUCAACUAUCAUAUCUCACGACAGGGCUGGGAUCGCGUGGAAAUGAUGCUUACAUUCCUGGUCGACCACCGUGCCAAAUCCUGGGGCUAUAGCAAUCUAGCUUCACUUGCAAGUGCAGUCAUCCGGCUUGAGCACAUUCUACGCCAAAAAACAGCAGCCGGCACAGCAACUAAAGUCGACAUGGAAAAUGUGGCCAAAGCCACGGACAUUAUGCUCCGUCUGUAUCGCGGCGAAUGGCCAGCCAGUCCCGAUCGUCCUAAGAUCCGCUUCUUCCAACUGCGCGCACUAUCCCGCAUGCACCGCCUGCUGGCAACCAUUCCAGGACCGAUGCCCGAAGUAUUCAAGCGACUAGAAACCCCCGAGGAAAUCACAGGUCACCACAAACUCCCACUUGUUCCCCCGCAAUCAUUCCACGAGAUUUUCUCCGCCAUCGUCGAAACGCAAGGUGCCAUCGUCGGCAAGCGCGUUUGGGACCAGCAUGUCAUCGACUGGCUCUCUCCUAAACGAUCUCGCCAAGCCCCGGGUGGAGUUUCCCGACUCCUUUUCACCCAUGAACGAAGCAAGGAAACCGGCAGCCCAGACUGGUCCGCCAAAUGGUUCAACGAGAUCCAAAAGAAAUCCACCCUCGCAGACCUAAACACCAUCCGCAUUCUCGCGCGAGCAGCAACCAAAGAAUACGCCGAUAUGAUGCACGCCCGCGCAGAAGGGAAACGCAAAGGCCUCAAUCUCAGCCUCCUAGAUAUCGACGAGACAUCCUCUGCCUCCUUCGUCUACGAUCCUACAAAACCCUACGUCCCCUCCAUCUCCCGAGAACAAUACCCCUACCAACUCGUCGGCGGCCAGCCACCACGGACCGAGCUAGAAUCCAUCCUCGACUUCUGUCUCGAGACAUUCCUCCGCUUCGGUCUUCCAGAGGACCAAAUCGAUAUUGAAAUCCCAGGCCAUAUGCGCCGCAUGCAGGAUAGGGAUAUCUUCUCGUAUCCUGUGCGCAGGCCUGUCAGGGAGCGAAUCAAGUCCAACAACAAUGAUCCCUGGGUCGGAACCUUCUGGUCCCAGGAGUGA